AUGUCACAUGAUGCGUCACUUGCGGAAGGCAACUUGUUCUAUUUGUGGACUGCCUUGCAGCAUCUUCUUGAUUUAGGUGCAUACGGCACCUGGACACGGUCAAGAUGUCGUCAUCUCAGAGAUAAUGAGUCGGAGUUUUGGUCUCCUGAACAGAUGAAUACCCUGCAUACAUUCUGGGUGCAAGGACUACGUGGUCGGUCAGAAGUACGGUCUAGAGGCUUGGGGCUCUUUUCUCAAGUUCCGAUGAAACGUGCUGUUCUUUCUGCGUCCCUCCUUCCCUUGUCGUACCACCAUGAAACUGGAUCCUUCGGGCCGCUUGCGCUUGGCUUCGGAUUCCUGUCGGAUCUUGUGAAGGUUGCUGCGCCAGUGGAUGACGCUGGAAACUUCACUUCUGAGGAUGCGAACUCCAAAGUGACAGAGAUGCUUGAGGAGAAAGAGUUGCUUUUGCUUCGAAAGCCGUAUUCCCACAAGUACCCAUACGAUUGGAGAAGCAAACAGCCUGUCAUUACUCGAGCGACUCCACAGUGGUUCGCAAGCAUCGAUGGACUUCGUUCCAAGGUGCUGAAAGCGAUGGAUGAAGUCCAGUUCAUUCCGGAGAACUUUUCCAAUCGCAUGCGACCCAUGGUCGUUGGCAGAAGCGAUUGGUGUAUUUCUCGGCAGAGAUCUUGGGGUGUGCCAAUCCCGGCAUUCUAUCGCAAAGCUGAUGGGGAGCCUCUUCUCAAUCCUGACGUCAUCAGUCAUGUCAGAAGCAUUGUGGAGGAGAAGGGCAGCAAUGCAUGGUUUGAGCUUCCACUUGCGGACUUGCUUCCAGAAGAAUAUCGGGAUGCAGCCGACGAGUACGAGAAAGGCACAGACACCAUGGAUGUCUGGUUCGACUCUGGUUCUUCUUGGGCAUAUGUUGAAGAGGAGCUCGGCUCCCCUGUGGAUUUGUACUUGGAGGGCCAGGAUCAGCACCGUGGAUGGUUUCAGUCUUCUCUGAUCACAUCGGUUGCUGUGAAUGACAGGGCUCCAUACAAAAGUGUCAUGACCCAUGGAUUUUGUGUAGAUGAGAAUGGCCGAAAGAUGAGUAAGUCAAUUGGGAACGUCAUUGACCCAAGAACAAUCAUUGAUGGAAAGGGAGCCGAUGUGCUGAGAUAUUGGGUGGCCUCCACGGACUUUUCCAGUGAUGUGUCCAUCAGCCAAAACAUCUUGAAGGCUACAGAGGAGACGGUGCGUAGGCUUCGAAAUCGUGCGAGAUUUAUCCUGGGCAAUAUUCAUGACUUCGACGUCACAACUGAAAGCAUCGUCUAUGAAGACUUGCCAGUGAUUGAUCGGUGCAUGAUUCGCAGAGCGGAGGCGGUUUUCGAUCAGAUGAAGGAGGCUUACGACUCCUACUCUUUUAGCAUAGCGACCAAACUCCUGAAUAGGUUUGCAUCUGUAGAUCUGUCGUCUCUCUAUCUGGACCUGGCGAAGGACAGGUUAUAUACUGCAGGGAAAAGCAGCCACUCGCGAAGAAGCUGCCAAACCGUGCUUCGUUGGAUUCUCGUGAACAUGACAAGAGCAAUUGCUCCUGUACUUUGCCAUCUUUCUGAAGACAUUUGGCAGUUCCUUCCACCGGGAGAGGAGGAGAGCAGCGUUUUCCUUUCUGGCUGGUGCAAACCUUUCCCUGGCAAGCCAGCUGAGGUGGAAAGCAUUGUCGAAGAUGUGGAGAGGGUCCUGCAGCUGCGGGAUCCUGCAAAUUUGGCUCUCGAGCGAGCCCGCGGCAAUAAGUUGAUCGGCUUGCCGCUUGACGCUUCAGUCAAGAUUGUGGUGAAGAGUGAUUCCGAUCUUCACAAAGCUUUGGACAGAAUGGCGCAAGUGGAACAUCAGAGCGAAGAUGGCCUGGACUCGCUUUUGUCUGUCUCACGGGCAGAGUAUGAAGCUGUGGAGACAUUGCCAGAGCUUCCAGAAGACUCCCCCAGCAGUGAAGACAAGGACCUUGGGGUGAUUGUCACAGUUGACCGUGCCGAUGGCCUCAAAUGCGAACGUUGCUGGGUCUAUAGCACAGAAGUUGGUUGCUGCAAGGCGCAUCCAACACUUUGCCUGCGCUGUGCUGAUGUUGUACAAGAACUGGGUGUGCCGUCACCACUGGAAACCUCUGCUGCCUGA